UCUGCUAGCAUCAGACUUAGAUGAACGUCAAUACACUCCGCGCGCUACUACAACCAGGUUGCUGUUGAUUUCCAGCUUCCAUCUAUAUACAACGCCACAGCGAACAACAGUGUCGACUUGUUGGAUAUCGUGGGAUUUUCAAUUGUGAUUAUCAGAGAACCAUGGGGAAUCAUUCUAGUAGGAAAAACAAUGGACUCAAAUACCAUGGAAAAAAAGGUUGUGCAUUAAACAAUACAGAUGACCUGAACGAACCUCCAAUGGACUCCUACGACAAGUUGGUGGCUUGGUUAGUAGAAAUGGCUGAGAAUGACAACUCAGGAAUCGACAAAGCAUCAUUUGUGAACCAGAUACAGAACGUGUGUACUAAGCGAAAGAACAAGCUACGGAAUCAAGCCUCUUGGCAGACUUCGUGUGACUCCUAUGCAAGUACAGAAACACCAGCAGCCAGUAAAUCCUCGCGCUCCUUUGAAGACAUUAUUGACCCGAAUUCGAGGCUACGAGUGCCAGUUUCUAGCAGACAGACUACUUUCAGUGAGGACGAGGAAGACAAUGAAUUAAGAAAAUUAUCCAGUGAAAAUUUGUAUAACGAUGCUGAUAGAGAACGUGAUUUUGACAUUGUAGAUCCAAAAGAAAUAUUGUUAAAGAAACGGAAAAACUUUUUAACUUCCGGUAGAGCUGCGCAUGUUUUGAGUUCAAGUGUUGGUAAUCUUGUUGAUAGCCACGGUAUGCUUAUACAUGAUAUUAGAAGGAAAAGUUCAAGCAUGGUGAUCAUGCAAGCGCGAGGACAACAUUCUGUGGACAUAUUAGACCGACCAGAGCUGCCCCAGUUGACGGUUCAAAGCAGUAGUGAAGAGAAAAUACUUGACGACGAGUUGUUAGACGGCAAUAUAGCAGACAUCAUGUUUGCGGUGGAGGCGCUUUGGCCAAAAAAGUGAUAAUAAAAGCCGUCAUGGAUUGACAAUUUCAUAAACCAUAUCCCAAUGGUUUGUAAUUUGUGGAAGACUUUCCUUCGAUGAACGAUCAAGAUUUAUCUUGCCACGCGUGACUUUGGACGGAUGUUGUACGGUUUGCCAAAUAGCCUCCUUUUGGUUCGGUUCCGUUAUACGCACUGUUUGUAUUUAUGGAACAGUUGGACGUGCCUACAAUGAACACACGCAAUGUGACGUCAUCACAUGACGUCAUAUGAUGGAUUGAGUUUUGUUUUCUCUCUGCCAUGAUUGCCUUUGGUUACGAGCACAUGCUUUAUCAUUUUUCUUUAAAGAUGGCGCUUUAGUGCAUGGGCAAGACCAUUGAAUGGACAAAAUUGAUGAUGAACAUGUAUCGUGUUUGAAAGAUAUAUUGAAUGAAAAUUGUUCUUGUUAUGAAAUUAAGAACUUUUGCUGUAAUGAAAGGAAAAAGUUUAUUAAAGUGUACUUGUUAUUUCAAAAACGGAAUAGCCCAGAAUGAAGCUUUUUAAGCAAUCAACUUUCAAUUGACAUUGCUUGAUUCUGUCCUAGUUCGCUAUCAGUGAAUGAUUUUUGCGAUGACUGUUAUCUUUUUUAUAGUAAAACACGGUAAUGAUAGCUCUAUACAUUCCAUUUGUUCAAAAAACUUUCCUGACUUUUUUGUGACAGACCUGCUGAUUUGUUAUGGCUGGAAUCUGUCACAGCUGACCACUGUGUGUUUAUCACAUGCCAUUUUUGUAUCAUGAAUCACUUUUCUCCAUCAAUUUCAUGUUCGAAAAAGUGGCAAUAAUUUAACUAUAUUAUAUAUAUAUUUGUAUUUCUUUUUGUCUCCGAAGACAGCCAAAUGUAGCUCUGUAGUAUUGUUUAUAUGUACGAGCAAUACAUUCAAUUUGUACUCAAAGUUAUGUCUAUUAUUUGUAUGUGUAAGUCUUGUAAUCUUUUCAGACUAUAUCCAACAAACAUUGUUGUUGUCUUAUCCCGAGUUUCUACUUAAACAUAUACAUAGGUAUACGUCGCAAAAUACUGUAUACCUGGAAUCUUCCGCACAGUAAAUAUUUCACUCUUUACCAGUACUAUCCAUAUUAAUCCCGUGUUAAUUUCGCCCUUUACAUGUGAUUACUAUACACGGUUUAUUGUGUACUUCUACUAUUCGUUGCCAUUAUAAAUUCGCCCUCAUUAAGGAUGGCGAAAAGGCGAAAAAUGAAAUUGCAGCAAAAAUUUCCCGGCAUACAGUAUUGCUUAUUUAUUUGAAAUAGGAUACAUUGGUAAUCAGGAAAUUUAUACAUUAUAAAUUAAUCAGAAAAAGUAAGGCAUGUUCACUCGAAACAAGCCAUUAUGUCCUAUAACAUUAAUUAUUGUAUGUUUAGAUACCUAUCGACUUUUGGAAAGAUCAAUGACACUAUGGCAAAUUAGCAGAAAGGAACUCAUACUCUCAGUGCAUAUGUACAUGUAUAUCUUUUUAAUGAUAGACAUCGAAUUAUAGAGAUUGUUUUCUUAUGCAUCUGCUGCGCUUUAUUUUGAAAAUCAGGCUUUUUUAUAUGGUUUUACCAUUUAAUAACUUGAAUAGUCAAAUCAAAUCUUGAGUUUGUAUUCAGUUAUUGAAUUAUUUGGAAUGAGAAGACAUUCUGAAUAUUUUCUCAAGUUGUUCUCAUCAUCUUCCUGAGUAUUCUUAUACUGACAACCUAAGAUAUUGAAUUUUUCGUUCUACCAGUAGGUUGUAUAAAGUGGUAUAUAAUUGAUAAUCCCUCAGUCACGCAUAAUCUACUCACGUUUGGGUACCAAUAUUGUAUUUGUCAAAGGGGUAAAUAGUUGAAAUAUUUUAUGAUUUUGGAAAUGACUUCUUAAUCACUCGAUUUUCCUGUUGAUUUUAGGGAUUUUAUUUGAUUAUUCUUCUUUCACAAUUCAUUGACAUUUUAACUUGUUACUUUGUUUAUUGUGAAAUGAUUAUUACUGCAUGGUGUCAGGGAGAUUACAUCCAGCUAAAUAAAUCAUAUAAAUUGUGUAAUUGUGUGUUUGGAGUCGAUGUUUUCCCGUACAUGUACGAUAUCGAAAGCAAUCUCUUUUUGCCAAUUUGAACAACUAUAAUAAAUAUAUCAACU